UCAAGGAACCACACAUGGUUGGAACUUUUGGGUCUGUGUCAACGUGUUUACCUUCUAAAAUUAAGUGAUAUUUUAUGACAGAAAGUUGUAUGAUUCCCUUUUAAUUAUGUCAAACAGGUGUUCCUUUUGUGUGUUAUAGAUGGUUCUUUAUAUUGAAACAUUUCGGUGAAUUCUCUCAGACUUGCUUGAUCAAGAGCGAUAUUUUGAGACUAGUAGACUUGUGUGACACUUGAGCAAGAUCAAAGGAGGACAAAUUAUGCGGUUGCUGCUGAAGAUACCACGGUACAGCUCCCUUGGACCCCACCCAGUCAGACAGUUGUGCUGUAGUCAUGUACUACAGUCAAGUCCAGAUGUGCGGGUCAGAUUUGCCCCGAGCCCGACUGGUAUGCUACACCUGGGUGGCUUGCGGACAGCUCUCUAUAACUUCCUGUUUACCAAGGCUCACAAUGGGAGCUUCAUACUGAGGAUAGAGGAUACAGAUAGGACCAGGUUGGUACCAGGUUCUGAAGAGAGUCUGGAGGAGAUGCUGAAGUGGGCGGGGCUGGAGCCUGAUGAAGGACCAACCAAGAGUGGAAAAUAUGGACCUUAUCGUCAGUCUGAAAGGGUUCACAUCUACAAGGAAAAGGCACAUGAACUCAUUGAGAGAGGUGCGGCCUACCACUGUUUCUGUACCCCCCACCGCCUGGAGCUGUUACGUAAGGAGGCUGCCAGGAGGAAGGAGGUGCCUCGCUAUGACAACAGGUGCAGACAGCUGUCUCAGGAGGAAUGUAGGAGGCGGCUGGAGGAUGGCAUUCCACAUGUCAUCAGGUUUAAGCUGGAGGACAAGGCCCAGCCCUUUACUGACCUGGUGUUUGGGGUGACCAGACAUGAUGUGGCCAGUAUAGAAGGGGACCCUGUGAUUCUGAAGGGGGAUGGUUUCCCCACCUACCACCUGGCUAACGUAGUAGAUGACCACCUAAUGCAGAUCUCCCAUGUACUCAGGGGACAGGAAUGGCUGAUCUCCACAGGAAAACACCUGAUGCUGUACCGAGCCUUUGGCUGGACUCCUCCACAGUUUGCACACCUACCCCUUCUGGUUAACAAAGACGGUACAAAACUUUCUAAACGACAGGGAGACAUCUUUGCCAACCACUUUCGGGAGAAGGGCUACUUGCCACAGGCAGUGUUGAAUUUUAUCACAUUCUGUGGGGCAGGUUUCCAGGACAACAAGCAAGUUAGAACACUAGAGGACAUGGUGGCUGAGUUUUCCCUAGCCCGAGUUGUUGAGCACCCUGCCCGGCUGGACUGGGACAGACUACAGGAGUUCCAGAGAGAACACCUCACCAGGAUGUUCAGGACACACGACGGACAGACUCAGACAAUAUGGAGCCUGAGGGAAUGUAUUGUGCAGCAGUAUGGCAAAAGAUUUUCCGACAUCUCUGUCCUACCAGACGAAUACAUUUUGAAGGUUUUGGAAACAAGAAUGGGUCACUUCACGCUACUUAGUGAUUUAGUCUCAGCUGACUUUCAAUAUCUGUGGGACCAGCCAGAUAUUACUGCACAGGAACUGGUCAUGAUCAGUAGCCAUGCAAGCCCAAUUCUCAGAACAGUCCAGAAUGCAUUACAGGACAUGUCCACAGACCAGUUUACCUUGGAGGGAGUGGGACCUAAAUUGAGAGAUGUGUCCAAGGCCCACCAGGCAGUCAAAUACAGUACCCUGAUGAAGAUGCUGAGAUUUGUGUUAUCAGGCAGACAGGUUGGACCCAGUGUGGCAGAAAUGAUGACCACAUUAGGACAGCAGGAGACACUGAAGAGACUAAACAAUGCUCUGUCAUUACUACAUAAUCACACUGAAACCACAGACACAGAGAGAUAACAUUACUUUCUAACAAGCUUUACAAAUAGAAAACAGCUCAACAUCAUACCAUUGUGGUACGAAUGUACUUACAUGUACAUGUACAUGACUGUAUAUCA